CCAAUAGUUUAAUCGCGUUUGGACCGGUUCAAUUGGCAAACCUGUUAACCAUACCAACAACAGCGCAGAAGAAUCCUAGAAUUGAAUACUAAUUCCACUUUGUUCAGAAAAGUGCGAGAUCGAAAGUCCUAGAAUUUGCACUUGCUUGAUUCAACAGCAAUGGAUACCGACGUCGAUAUGGUUCCCGCCGGUGAAGAAUCCAACACUGCACCACCUUCUGCUCCCUCUUCUUCCACCAAAAAACCUAAGCGUUUUGAGAUCAAAAAGUGGAACGCCGUCGCUCUUUGGGCUUGGGAUAUUGUAGUAGACAACUGUGCUAUUUGCAGGAAUCAUAUUAUGGAUCUAUGCAUCGAGUGCCAAGCUAAUCAAGCUAGUGCUACGAGUGAGGAGUGCACUGUUGCUUGGGGUGUAUGUAACCAUGCCUUCCACUUCCACUGCAUCAGUCGCUGGCUCAAGACCCGUCAAGUGUGUCCAUUAGAUAAUAGUGAGUGGGAAUUUCAGAAGUAUGGUCACUAGAGGAUUCUACAAGCGGCAGGAGAGGCGAUUAUGCUGUUGCAUUAUAAUGUCUUUGAAUGUUAGUUUGUUCUAGUAAUACUUGUUUACAGUGCCUUUUGUUCCCUGUUGCUUUACGUAUAUGAGUCUGCUUCAACCAUCUAAUAGGAUUCAUUAGAGAGCUGGUGCCUAAAUUUUAUAUGUCUGUGUGAUUCUGGUCUUCGCAUUACUGAAGUCAAAACUUAUCCAUGCUGAUUAGUUUAUUGUUUGGAAAAAACUAUUAACCAGAACCACUGGCAUUCUGGCAGCCAAUGUUAUUUUACUAAAGCUGUUUGCAGAA